AUGAGCGCCCCAUCUCCCAGCAAACCCGGCUUCAUGCAACGCGCGGCGUACUCGAGCCCCAAUAACAAGACCGCAACGGAAGCGAUCAAGGCGGCCACAGCUGAAGAGGAUGCGCGCCGUGAGGCGGCGACGCUGGCGCUGCGUCCGAAGAAACAGUCGAGCGGCGAUGCUGAGACGCGGUGGGAGCUGUCGUAUGUGCGCUCGUCGCAGCGCAGCGCCGGGAUGAAGGUGGUCAACAUGGGCUUUGCGCAGCUAGGGGAGGAUGAAAAAGAAGAAGACGACGAGGAAGAGGAGGAGGUGAAGGAAGAGAAGGAGACUACCGGACGCAUGGUCUUUGGGAACUUCCGGAAAAAGAACUUCGAGGAAGGCACUCCGAGAAAAGGGGAGGAUGGUUCCGAUGACAGUGAUAGCUCGGAGGAGGAGGAGGAGGAGAACACGCCCAGGAGGAAGAAAGAUCCGCUGAAGGGAUUGACCGGUAUUUCCAAUGCUGGGAGGGCUGGGCUGGCGACUAUGAAGUGUCAUAGCUGCGGCAAGAACGGGCACAAGUCUUCCGAUUGCCCCAAGGCGGAGUGCUAUGCUUGUGGUGGGAGGGGUCACAUGAGUAACGAUUGCCCCAACCCCAAAAAGAAGCGGCGCAACGAUGGAGGUGAUUCCUGGCCUAGGAAGGCGAGGAAAUCCAUGUGA